UGACCGAAGCAUGUUUCAGCUACUCCCGCCAAGGCUUCUUCUUCCAAAAUCCAAUCCGAAGGAGAGCGAAAAAGGCCAACCAACGUCAGACAGCACACAUGAAGGGCGGGCCAUUGCUGUGGCUUGACAACCUUAUGAUCCCAUGCAGCUGUCCUCCCAACUGAGUAAAUAGCCACAAGCAGAUACUGUACUUUCACUCGUUCCACUUCUUCACUUAUAUUACUUGUCCUUAGCUUGCUGCUAGCUAGAGCUGCUAUCUUUUGAGAAAGGAGCUCCCAAGUUGCGCGAGGAUACACUGUCAUUCAAGUCAUUUUCGAUUUUCGAUCUACAAGACAAGCCACCAUUGCUACCCUCUGUAGGCUUAUCACUGCAAGAAUCAAUCAAACAACAUCGUCAUGAUCAUCUCACGACACUCCUACUGGUCCUUGACCUUGUGGAUGGCGUUGGUCUAUUCGAACAUUCCGCUCAAGACCGCGUUUCGGUUCCCACAGCCAUCCCAACCGUUCCGACAAACCACACGGCAACCAGCCUUUACGGCACGCAUACUCCCUCAUUCCAGGACCACCACAAGGUCCUUAUUGUACGCGUCCAAACGGAGACCCUCCAAACGACGUUCCAAGGUAAAAGCAGCCGUUGCCAAGGAAUCCACAGUCGACACAAAAAACGAGGAGAAAACAGAAGAAGAGAAGGAGAGUACCGAAGAAAAGCCACCUCUCAAAACGUAUCCAGCGAGGUUCUUGGAAGACAAUGGAAUUCGUCUUUCCACGGACGAGGAGGGACGAGUUCAUGCCAAACGGGCACCCAUUCUGCAGCUCGAUGAUGAAAACAAUAGCAAUGAUCCGAAGAGUGACGACGACGACAAGGAAACGAAUGGAUUGGGGAAAACUGUUGAAAUGCAAGAGACAUCAGUCUCGGAAGCUUCGACGGAAGAGUCUCCCGACGACGACGACAAGUCGGAUGGAAACCAAAUAGACGACAAUGUCAACGCCAAGCAAGAGUCACAGAUGAAUAUUGGACAGACAGAGGACAGCCUCAACUCGGCAAAACCAAACCAUGACAAAGAAAACACGGACGUAGAGACAUCAUCAGCCACAGCAGAUGCGGAAGAAACCACAACCACGACAACUCAUCACAAUGCCAAGACUCCACAACAACAAGAAGAAGUAGCCGUGGUUGUGGAAGAACCCAUUACCAAAGUGAAAAAGCCGCCCAUCUUUUUCAAGCGAACCUCCAAAGAAAUCCUCAAAGAACAACCCGCCAAAGUCGUACCAAAAUCGGGAUUCAACGUGGUCCUCACCCAUUGCACGGCCGAUUUUGAUUCUUUGGCCAGUGCCGUGGGAUUGGCCAAGCUAUGGGCAUCGUCCGCACUGCCAUCUCAAGUCGAUGAUCAACAAAAAGAUUUUGAUUCGGCAUCCCAUGUGCCGACGUUUGUCGUAUUGCCGCGGGGAGCACAUCCCGGCGUUCAGCGAUUUUUGGCAUUGCACAAACACUUAUUUCCCAUACGGUCGCUCCGAUCGUUGCCCGAUGAUUUGACGGGCUUGAAUCGAUUGGGACUUGUGGAUGCACAACGGAGGGAUCGCAUUGGUCCUGCUGAAAAUCUACUGCAGUACGCCAACCGCGUGACAGUGGUGGAUCAUCAUAUUGAUUCCGAUACGGAUAUCCCGGAAGCCUCCGAUUAUGUGGUGGAUCAGGUGGGGUCGGUAUCCACAUUGAUUGUAGAACGAUUGCAACAAGCCGAACUGGAUUUGACCGAAGCAGAAGCUACGCUCUUGGCACUCGGCAUUCACGCCGAUACAGGGUCGUUGUGCUUUGAUUCGACGACACCUCGGGAUGCCUUGUCGUUGGCGUGGGUCAUGUCACAGGGAGCCAGUCAAGCAGCGAUUGCCGAACAUGCACAAUCGUCUCUGUCUCCAGAGCAACAGGGAGUACUCACACAGGCUCUCAUCAAUACGAAUUCGACCGUCGUGCACGGGGUCACAUUGUCCACUGUCUUGCUGUCGGCCGAUGGAUUCAUCAAUGGGCUGGCGGCAGUGACACAGGAUGCCUUGGAGUUGAGUAGCAGUGACUUGUUUCUGUUGGCAGUCGUCUACGAAGCCCAAUCCGGAGGCAAACGACGGUCCAAAAACAACAAGAAGAACCAGGGAGAACGCCUGACGGCACGGCUUCUUUCCAGAAUUGAAGAACACUUGCCGACCUAUCGCCCCAAUAAUUCACCACAAAACGAUGAAGGGAGAGGCCGCAUUGUCAAGUUCAAUGCCUCUCCCGACCCGAUGCAGAACUAUACAGCCGAAGAAAUGGCGCAGGCAUCCAUGAUGUUUGCAGAAGCAUGGCGGGGAGGAGAAGAAGCCAUGAGACGGCGGCGGUUGCAAUCUGCUUUUGAUCGCAGUGACUUGGAUUCCUCGGGCUUUCUGGAGCUGGACGAAAUCGCAGCCACGCUGGCUGCUUCCGGUAUUAUUGCUUCUCCAGAAGCCGUUCAGGAACUCAUGGAUGCAGUCGACAAAAACAAGGAUGGAAAAGUCGACUUUGAAGAGUUUGUCAAUUUUGCGAUUGACGCUGAAAAGAAGCUGCAAGAAGAAGGAAAUAUUCAAGGAUCUAAACCAUCUACCAUGAUCAUUAUUGGCAGGGUCAAAGCUGGCGUCAACAUGAAGGGCGUCAAACUCAAUAGACUGUUGGAGCGAUUUGGAGGAGGUGGUCAUGCCAAAGCGGCGUCCGCCACGGUGCGUCUGAAUGACGAAUCUGAGGCGGAGGGCAUUCUGCAAGGUUUGGUAGAUGAGAUUAUUGAAACCAGCUUGCAAGAGCAAGUCACAGUCGGAGACUUUAUGACGGCACCUGUUCUGUCGGUCAAGCCACACAUGAACGAGCAACAAGUAGAGGACCUGUUCACUCGAUAUGACGUCAGGGCGCUUCCUGUGGUGGACGAUGACAACGAAGUGAUUGGUCUGGUGACGUACAAGGAAGUAGCAGCUGCGAAGCAACGAUUGUGGAACAAGGAGCAAAAGCGUCUUCGCCGAGAAAAGGAGGCAGCCGAGAAGGGUAUAGAGAUUCCCUAUGAACAGAACGAGGCCAAGGAAAAGCAAAGAAGGGCUGGUAGCACGGUCAAGGGUUGGAUGAAGCAGCAUGUCAGGAUAGUGGAGGACUGUACUACAAUGGCAGAGCUAGAAGCCAUUCUGCUGGAGAGUGAUGUCGGCUGUAUCCCUGUUGUGGCAGAGGGCAGCAAGAUUCUGAUAGGCAUGGUGACCCGCACCGACCUUCUGAGGCAGCACCGGUAUUACCCGUCACUGCAUUACCACAACAAAGGUUUCGCCGAUUCCAUCUCGGCACGUAAACCCAUCAUUGAGCUACGGAAGAGGCUCAAAAAGUUUGAUCUCGAGAACGAAUAAAUAGAUCUUGAAUUGGUGAAGUACCCAAAGGCUAUUGACGCUGUAAAGUAGUAGUAAUGUAAGAGUUGGCUACUGUAGCCGCUAAAAUCCUGCACUUGCAUGAGUAAACAAACGACACCUACAAACAGAUUUUUCCAUACGA